AUGCCGUCUUUCAUGAAGUUUGCUGCUGCGGCUCUCGCCGUGGCCACCCCUCUCGUUUCUGCUCAGACUUACUCUGACUGCAACCCCAUGAAGGCAACAUGCCCUGCCAACAAGGGUUCCACUGAGUCCAGCCUUCACUUUGACUUCACCAAGAGUAGUGCUCUCGACCAGUUCAAGGUCAGUGGCGGCAGUGUCCCCACCGGCUCCAAUGGUGCCGAGUUCACUAUCAACAAGGAAGGAGAUGCUCCUACUAUUGUCAGCGACUUCUACUUCUUCUACGGCGAAUUGUCCAUUGAGAUGAAGACUUCUCCUGGCCAAGGCAUUGUCAGCUCCGCCUUUUUGCAAUCUGAUGACUUGGAUGAGGUUGACUGGGAAGCGGUGGGCGGAAAGGAUAACACCAUUGAGACCAACUACUUCGGAAAGGGCGAUACCACAACCUAUGACCGUGAGACUUGGGUCGGCGUCAGCGCCCCCCAUGACUCUUUCCACACCUACACCAUCCAAUGGUCCAAGGAUACCGUCAACUGGCUGAUUGAUGGUGCCAAUGUCCGCACUCUCAACUACAAGGAUGCCCAGGGUGGCGAUCGCUUCCCCCAGACCCCUAUGAACAUCCACAUUGGUAUCUGGGCCGGUGGUGCUCCCACCAACGGACAGGGUACUAUCGACUGGGCUGGUGGUCUGACCGACUACUCCAAGGGUCCCUACUCUAUGUACGUCAAGAGCAUCAGCGUCAAGAAUGCCAACCCCGCCGAGUCCUAUACUUGGUCCGACAAGUCUGGCUCCGCUGAGAGCAUCAAGUUCACCGGCUCCAACGCCGUGAGCUCGCGCAGCACCCCUACCUCCGACGCUGCCACCAGCUCCUCUUCCGAGGCUACCUCUUCCGCUACCGAGUCUCCUUCCACCACCACCGAGACCACUUCUACUGAGACCACUUCCACCGCUGCCACUACUCUGGCUACCAAGACUUCCAGCUCCUCGUCUGCCGAGUCCACCGCCGAGUCCACUGCCGCCUCCAGCUCCGGUGCCCUACUUGGCACCUGUGUCCCUUCUGGGUCUGUUGACCGCCAUGCUUCAGCUGUAAAUGUCCCUUUCAGCGCAAUGAUUUUUGACGCAUCAUUUACGAAACGCGCCUCGAAAGAGGAUACUUGGCUGGACCGGGUAUGGUAA